CAAAGUUGGCGACAAAAUAGGAAAAUGAAACCAAGGAGCAGCGGAUGUGCUUGUAUUUGAGGAAGAAAUGAGCAGAACCGAGCAUAAGGUUGGAAUCCUCUUGACUGAUGGGUUUGAUUGCCAAAUGUGGUCUCUUUUGAUCGUGGUGGUUGAUUGGCCGAUGUGAAUUGUCAGAUAUUCCUUUACGAGGGUGUCCUUCUUUCUGCUAUGGUGUGGCAGUGCUUCUCUGGAGCAUAGAGCUUCUGAGGUGAUGAGACUUCACUCUUGUAUCACCAAAAACUGAUCGUUAUAGUCUAGCAUUCUGUACCCUUUCGGGCCUUUCAAUCAUCUUCCUCUGUCUAUCAGAGAGAGAGAGAGAGAGAGACAGUGAGUUUAAGAUGAAGGCGAUUGAGAGUUUGUCAUCGUCGUUCGAUGCUGAAUCUAUCCUGGCUGGGGCCAUAGUUGGUAUCGUAUGUGCCCUGCUUUUCCCAUGGCUAUGGAACACCUUUGGGUCCCAGCUGUCCCAGCUGCCACCAUUUGUCUUUCUAGGGGUUGGGCUAGGUCUUAUGUGUAUAGUUGGAGGGUAUUUUCUGUGGUGUUGGUUGCGGCCUGCACCUGCUUCCCGUAGCGGCGCUCGCUCUCAAGAAGUGUCCAGAGAUGUCUCUGUUGAUGAAGCGGGGAAACUUCAACUGUCAUCUGAAGGGGAUGGUGAAGCCAACGCUGAUCCAGCGUUCAGAGAUGAAAAACCGACCACAACUGCAACAAGCUGUGUUUCACCUCCACCGGCGCUUGCACCUGCAGCAGUAUUGCCCCCUGUGACUGCGUCUGGCCCUGACCCUGCACCUUUACCUGCCUCUGUGAUCACUCCGGUUCCUGCUGCAGCUCCUCUGCCGGUGAUCGCUCCCGCAUCGGAACCUGCACCUGGUCCUUUUCCUGUAUCUCUGAGCUUGCCUAAGGACUUGCCAACUGCAAAGCCUGCAGUGGAUAAGCCUCGCCUGCAAGAGGCGCCCUCAGAUGUUGAUGUCAACAGCGCAGCGAUUGCCGGCCCUGGCGCAGCAAUCAGAGCAAGGCUAGCUGCUGCCCGCAAGACUUCUGCAAGGACUUCCGCCGCGAAGGUCGAACCAGAAGUUCUGAUUUUGUAUGGGUCUCAAACUGGGAACUCCAUGGAGAUUGCGAAGGUCAUCAAUGCGGAGGCUGUCGGUCGAGGCAUAAAGUCCCAAGUACGAACGCUAAAUGAGUUUACGGUUGAAAAGUUGUCGUCUGUCCGUGUCCUGAUAGUGGUUGUGUCCUCCACUGGUGAUGGGGAUCCGCCUGAGAAUGCGGUCAGGUUUUGUGGCGAUCUGCGCAAGCGAUCCCAUCCGGCGACCAUGUUGUCAGGGGUGCGAUACACAGUGGUUGGACUCGGGGAUUCCAACUACACCAGAUACAUGGCCAUCCCUCGUCUGUUCACGCGUCGACUUCCAGAGCUAGGUGCGCGAUGUUUUACGGCUUGCAUCGAAGCUGACGAAGUCGAGGGCAUCGAUGACAAAGUGGAGGCAUGGACUGCUGAUCUCUGGGAACCGUUGAAGGCGGCGUUGGCAGAGGCCUUGUCCGCAGAUGCUCGUCAGGCUGGCAGCGGAGCCGAGCAAGCCAGUGCCACAACGAUUCCUUCUGACAAGGGGGACCAUAUUGCUGGUGCUGGAGUGGCCAAUCAUGCGUUGGACGGUGCAGAUACAGAGGUGAACCUGGUCGGUGUUCCACCAUUGCAACCCUGCAGCAUACAUGUGGAAUGGAUUGGGGGUGAACCUCACUUUGGUGCAGAUUCUGUGCAGGUGCAAGUUGUAGAUGAAGCACAGAAUGAAUCUGGACUAGCUGUAGGUACAGGAGCACAGACACACCUUGUGCAGGUCACUGAUGCCCGUUGCAUGACUGCUGAGUGGUCUGAUAGACGGGUGCUGCACAUGGAGAUGGACAUCUCCGGCUUGGGCAUCUCCUACAACCCUGGUGAUUCAAUAGGGAUUGCCCCAGAGAACGACCCCACGGUUGUGGACAGCCUUAUCAAUAGACUAGGUCUGAAUGGGUCAGCGAGGUUUGAAGUAACCCCCGGUUCUGCAGAUGGUCCUGGCAGGGAUGGCCCUGUGCUACCGCAUGUGAAGUGCCCAUGCACUGUUCGCGAUGCAUUCGCAAGGUAUUGUGAUAUCACUGCGAUCCCAAAGAAAGGGCUUCUGCGGCUGCUCGCUGAGUGCUGUUCCAAGCCUGAGGAGAAGAGGCAGCUUUUGUUAUGGUCAAGCCGAGGUGGGAAGGAAAUCUUCGCAAAACAGGUGCAAGAGCCACGUCUUUCCUUGUUGGACCUGCUUCAGAUGCACCCAAGCUGCUCUCCCCCGCUUGCACAUCUUCUCGACACUCUCCCACCGCUCACCUCCCGGUUCUAUUCGGUCACCAGCUCCCAGCUCAUGCAUCCCAACCACAUCCAAGUUGCCUUUAGUGUCGUUAAGAUGGACCUGCCUGGCCCUGGGAACAGGAUCUUCCGGGGAGUCUGCACAAAUUACUUCGAUAGGUUGUUGGCGCAUCCGGGUAGCACGGGGAUGGCCACCGAUUUGUCCGUGUCUUUACUGAUCUUUGUCAAGAGUGGAGGUGAUUUCCAUGUGCCUCCUGACGUCAGCGCGCCCGUGAUCAUGAUUGGCCCUGGAACCGGCGUUGCACCUUUCCGAGGCUUUCUGGAGGACCGGAAGGCGCAACUCGUGGGAGCUAUCAAUGGACAGAAUGAGAACUUGGGGACGGUCAACCGAGAAGAAGAGAUUCCGGAAAAGAAGGGGCCGUGGUGGCUUUUCUUUGGGUGCAGGAAGGAGGAGGAAGACUUUCUUUACCAGCACGAGCUUGAAGCAUUUGAGAAGGACGGAACGCUAGACAAACUGGUGUUAGCCUUCUCCCGAGCAACGGAUAAGAAGGUGUAUGUGCAGCAUCGGAUGGAAGAGUACGGAGAGGAAUUGGCGGAACUCAUAUUGGGUCGCAAGAAUACGCACAUUUUCGUCUGCGGAGAUGGUGUGAACAUGGCCAAAGAUGUUCAUGCAGCUCUCUGCAACAUCCUGUGCAAGCAUGGUUCAAUGAAAGAGCCAAUGGCGAUUGCACACCUGAGCUCGAUGAUAAAGCAGAAGCGUUACGUGCGGGAUAUAUGGUCCUGAUGAAGACGAGUGCCUGAAUAUCCGUUGCGGGGGGCAUUCUAGAACCUAGUACUUUUAUAGCGGCCGCGAUUGGUGUGGUUUGAAGUAUUUGGGGUCCAUGUGUUUGUAGACUUGUGUACGUCGAUACUUCGCCAACAACAAAACUUGCAGGUGUACUCGACGCACUUGAGAUCGAAGAGUUCAUAGUAUUUAAUUCGAAUUUUGAAACCUGCCUUGAAGUUAGCCUACACGGACUGCUGCUGCAGAAGCUUGGGACUGAGCCAGUUCUUUUGCUCUUUUUUAUUUUUUGUUUUAGCUAAGCGGUAUUGUUGAGCUGUAAUGUCAGGUUGUAAUGCCUUUCAAUUGCGACUCGAAGUCUCGAAUCCUAUUGAACCACUGGUGCCAAGUGCUUGAAUCGGGUCACGACGCCUGUCCGUAUGUAUGAGGAAGAGUAAUGAAGGGGAGGUUGGUUAUCCAGUUUUCAGCUGGCAGAAUGUCAUGCAAGUAAGGGAUAUCAUCUGCGAUGCCAAGUGCUUGAAUUGGGUCACGACGCCUGUCCGUAUGUAUGAGGAAGAGUAAUGAAGGGGAGGUUGGUUAUCCAGUUUUCAGCGGGCAGAAUGUCAUGCAAGUAAGGGAUAUCAUCUGUGAUCCUGCCCAGCUGUGGCUUGUUUCUUCAGAAGCAACAACCUGCACUUUCGACAGUCAACUUGCCGGUCUGCUGCCGGGUACAAAGAAAGGUUCCAGUUGGACACUGGUGCAAGCAAAUUGCUGCAAGUCUACUUCAGAAUUUAGAGGAUUGAUUCCUUCAACGGUUAUUUGCGCAGGCAAUUGCAUGUGUGAAUUUGAGUCUUAUGUUUUGCUUUGUUUUUCUUUUCGUUUUUUUUUUGCGUGUUCUAUAAUGGUGCCAGAGGAG